AUGGGACGGAAGCGCGCGGUGCUGGUGGGCAUCAACUACCCGGGCACGGAGGGGGAGCUCAAGGGCUGCCUCAACGACGUGGCCCGCAUGCGCCGCUGCCUCGUCGACCGCUUCGGCUUCGACGGCGCCGACAUCCGCGUCCUCGCCGACGCCGGCCCGUCCACGCCGCCGCCCACGGGCGCCAACAUCCGGCUCGAGCUCGAGCGGCUCGUCGGCGGCGCGCGGCCCGGGGACUCGCUCUUCUUCCACUACAGCGGCCACGGCCUGCAGCUGCCCGCCGAGACCGGCGAGGACGACGACACCGGCUACGACGAGUGCAUCGUGCCCUGCGACACCAAUCUCAUCAAAGACCAAGAUUUCACGGAGCUGGUGCGGAAGGUCCCCGAUGGCUGCCUCUUCACCAUGGUAUCCGAUUCGUGCCACAGCGGCGGCCUCAUCGACAAGACCAAGGAGCAGAUAGGGAAUAGCACCAAGCAGAGCAAGGCCCAGCAGCAGCGGCAGCGACCUCCGUCCGCCGGCGCCAACCUGUGCGCGUCGCUCCUCGGGACCGUCCGGGGCGCGCUCGAGUACGUCGGCAUCCGCCUCUCCCGCCGCGCCAAGCAGGCGGCGGGCUCGCCGGCCGGCACCGCCACGACGAGCCGGUCGCUGCCCCUGUCGACGUACAUCCGGAUGCUCAAGGAGCAGACCGGGAAGGACGACGUCGGCGUGGGCUCCAUCCGGACGACGCUGUUCCACCACUUCGGCGACGACGCCACGCCCAAGAUCAAGAAGUUCGUCAAGGCCAUGGUGCACGGCAAGCUCCGGCAUGGCGCUGACCAGGCCGCCACGGUCACAGAGCUGGUCCCGAAAGCUAAGCCGGAGGGAGGCGAAGGCGGGAAUCAGGCCGGCGCGCUCGGGCCAGCCAUGGAGCAGGAGGUGCGGGGCGUCGAGGAGGUGUACGCGGGGGCCGCCGCGGCGAAGGCGCCGCCGCCACGCAACGGCGUCCUGAUCAGCGGGUGCCAGACGGACGAGUCCUCGGCGGACCUGACCACGGCCAGCGGCGUGUCCUACGGCGCGCUCAGCAACGCCAUCCAGGCCGUCCUCGCGGAGGAGAAUCGCGGGAAGGUGACCAACAGGGAGCUCGUGCAGAGAGCGCGCGGUCUGCUGGCCAAGCAGGGCUACGUCCAGCAGCCUGGCCUCUACUGCAGCGACGAGCACGCCGAUGCUGCCUUCAUAUGCUGA